CAUCUCCAUCAGCUGCUGAUACAACUAAAGAUGGAGGUGUCACAUUACAGUGUUCCCUGAAGACAUCCCUCAAGUCGUUAUCUUGCUCUGGGAGUAUUCACUGGUUGGAUGAGGCAGGAACUAAACUGACUGGUGAAGAUGACAGAUACAAGAUAAAUGAAAUAGGCAAAUGUGCUUCCUCUCUGACUGUGAAGCAUCAGAACGUCACCAACAGAAGAUACACUUGCCAGUAUGUUGGAGAAAACAGUGUAACGGUAGAAGUUCACUACACAGCUGUGCUUAAAGAUAUCAAAAGAGAAGUAGUCCAUAUCUACCACAGAGUUGGAGAUGAUGCUGUUUUACCCUGUAAAAGACCUUCAUCAUCCUCUUCCUCAUGCUCCACUGUUAACUGGCUUUAUAUGAGAGAUGAAGACAUGAAUCCCCAGCAGGAAGUUCAGAGAGGAAUCGUUGUUCAGAGUUCAUCUAAAGCUGCCAGGCUGAGUGUGGACAAUAACUGCUCUCUGAUCAUCAACAGCAUCACUGCUGAGGAUGCUGGAGGUUACAGAUGUCAGAUUCAGGAUGGAGGCAGCUCUGAUCCAGAUGUGUAUCUAAAUCUGAUGAGCACCUCUCCAGUAGGAUGUGAUCCAACACAGGAUAAAAUCACAUUACUCUGUUCUCUGCUGAGAUUCAGCUCAUUGGGUUCUUGUCCAGAGAACAGCCUCCUCUGGGUGGAUGAGACAGGAACUGUUCUGACUGGUGAAGGUGUUGGGUACCAGUUUAAACAGACUGGCUGUGAUUCUUAUCUCACUGUGAAGCUUCAGAGCAGCAGCAGCAGAAGAUACAGCUGCCAGUUUGUUGAUGGAAACACAGUGAAGAUAGAAGCUCACUACCAGCUGGAAGUCUUCACAGCAGUUCCUGCCAAUAACUCCACCAUCAUCAUCUUCCUCGGAGCAGGGAUCGGGGUUCUGCUUCUGCUGGUUGUUCUCGCUGCUGUUUUUAUUAAAUGCAGAAAAACUAGAGUUACAGAGGAACGCCAAAUAACAGAUUCAACCCAUGAAAGUCAUCGCUAUGAUGAGCAGCCGGUCAACCUGACCUAUGCCUCUGUUAAGGCUUUUCAUCCCCCAAAUUCUCGAAGAAAAAAGAUCAGACAUGAUAAAGAUACGGUGACUUAUUCUGCUGUUAGGACUAAACGCAAGAAAGAGGAUGAUUGUAAUCUCAGCGGUUUCAACAGCUACAUCUCUGACGCAGGUUUAGCCUAAUAGAGAAAUGAAAUGUCUCAUAUCAGCUCCGCAUUUAUUAAACUUGUUUACAGGAAGCGGGCAGUUUGGUUUAAGAUCCACUGAUACCAAAGUAUCAGUUUAAAGCUUUUAUUGCAGUUUUUCUUCAUUGUGCUUCAGUGAACAAGAGAAUUUGUGAGAGCACAUUUUUAGUUUAUAUUUCAUAUAACAGUUGUUAUACAUGUAAAAUAUGUUGGCUGUAAACGCCACUGCUUUCUGCUGCUGCCACACUCAGCUGAGCUCAGUUUGUACAACAAUAAUACUUCAUUUUGAUAUUGCAGCUAAUGAAUGUAUAGAUGCUGAGUUGUUGUGAUGUUUUUACCAAUUGUAUUUCCUGUUAAAUGAAUUAAAAUAUGUUU